GGAGGGCGGGUUGGAAGUUAGUUUACUUUCAGAGUGCUGUUCGAUUUAAUCAUUCAACGCUCCCAUUGGAAAGAAGCCCUCUUGAGUUUCUGAAGACAGAUCAACUUCCAAGAUGUCCUCCCUCUGGUUGUAUCUGACUCUGCUCUAUGCUGCCAGUUUUCUACAAAACAGAGCCUCAUCAGAUCAAGCAGUGACACUGAAAUGCAACGAAACAGUGGAAGUUAAAGCUGGAGAAAUGGCGACACUAAACUGCACUAUAAUAUAUAUAGUUAAUUCAAACCUCUGUAAAUGUUUAAGUUAUUUCUGGAAUAACGCCCAUGGCAGCAUACCAUGUGGCUUGAUGCAAUACAACUGUGAAUGGGAUAAUGCCACAUAUGUGUCGCUCUCCAUCUCAAGUGUCAUGAAAACGGAAAAUUACACCGCUCACAUACACACAGACUGCGGUCGGGCUACAUCAUCUCCUAUAGAAGUACAACUUAUCAAGCUCAGUGAGCACAACAUUAAGAACCCCAACAGCACCCAUGAUGGUGAAGCCAUGUCAACACAUGUGCCAGCCAAAGCCAGGUCAAGACAUGUGCCAGCCAUGUUUUGUGGCAUUUCCAUUAUCUUCAUUGUUUCGGGCAUGUUGUAUUUCCUAUUUAAAACUAAUAGAGGCAGAGAAAUAAUGGAACGUAUCAAGAAGAAAAAGACUCAUGAAGCCCAUAGUGACAUGGACACUGCACCAGGGAGUCAAGUCCCACUGACUGCCUGACAAAUUUUCAAAUUUGUGUUUCACCAUCUGUGGGUAUGUUACAAAUAUUUCUUGUUCAUAAGUUUAUCCCUCAACACUGCUGGCUGUGUUCUGCCAUACUGUCACAUUUUUCAGAAUUCUGAUUGAUCCAUGUACAUAAUGAUUUUAUUGUAUUAAAGAGGCAUUCAUUGCAUCGUGUGACCAAGACUUUGGAAUGCUCUGCCUCCGCGGUUACGGACCGCUGUAUAUAUGAUUCUUUUAAACAUCAUUUAAAAAUCUCCCUUUUUAGACAGGUGACCUGUCUGCACUUUUUUGUUUUUUUUGUAAUUUUAAUUUUGUAUAAUGUUUUAAAAUGUAAUAUGUAUAGCUGGCUAGCUUGGUUGGCACAACACUUAACAAGACAUCUUUAGGCGACAAAAAUGUUCUUAUUUGAUGAAGUGAAAACACACAGUGAGAGGGUCAAAGUUCAAGAUACAACACUUCAAAUAAGUUCACAGCUUUUUUGAUGUACACAGUGCCAUGGUUAGCAUUGCUAAGCCUCUGUCCUGAUUGACAGGUUGACGUAGCCACGUCCCUAAAGCAUCACCAGCUUAAUUGUCUAUUUUUAAAUAAAUGGAACAGUAGACCCGUUCGAGAUGAGCCAGGCCGGCGCAGAAUCGAUCACCGGUGAUCGCCGGCCAAUGCAUGCCGGUUAGAUUGUGUCAGAGUUGAUCCCGUCUUGCUCUGACGACAUGCACACAUUGGCAACGAUAACCUCACGAGAUCAAGGCGGCCGCAGUUUUGAGAGGCAUGCAGCGCAGUUGUUUUUCACCAACAGCAAGACCCAGGCGGACCCAGGGCAUGCUGGGAAACGCCUGGCUCUAAGGUGAUGUAACAGCUACAGCUGAUUGGUUCUGAAUCGACUCAACAUGAAUGACGUUUCAUAUAAACGUUUUAUUGUUUUUGAAUUGGAGGGAUUUUAAUUGCCAUUUGUCUGAUUUAAAGGCUUAUUCUGCUCCGAACACGUAGUUUAGAAGUCAAAGAGACUAAAUCCGUUCAGAUUACAGAUCAUCCACAGUUUGUUGUAUAUUAACAUUGGCAACAGAUCGCAUGUAGAGCAUUUUGAAAGCUACUCUGUCAUAAUAAAAACCACUGGAGACUGUGUACUAGCUGAUAUAUGGGUCUGAUAACAUUUUAUUAAAUUGGAAUCUGACCUAACAGGAUGUGAGGCGUGAAGGCUGCUGGAAACAGCUGCAAACUGUCCGACUUUACCGCAUCUUUUUGUCACCGCCCCCGGCUACUGCUGCCUGCUCUCGUCCACUUUACACGCGAGGCGCAGUUCAUCUUGAACGAGCCUAAUCAACAGAACAUCAUGCUGUAUUGAAGAAGAUUUGAACCUAGUGAUUGAGACCACAAACUCAUUAUGAAACUGUUUGCUUAGGUAAUAAAGCAAGUGAGAAGUAGGGUCAUUUCCCCGUAGACUUUUAUAGAAACAGACUUCUUUUUGGAGCCAGUGGAGUCGCCCCCUGCUGGAAAUUAGAUAGAAUGCAGGUUUAAGGCACUUCUUCAUUGGCUUCACUGCCUGGAAGCUUCGUCCAUUAUUUUUACAGUCUAUGAGCUUGACCCAUACUGGGGAUUAAAAAUCAGGUGAAUCCAACUUUUUUUGUCCCUUUGCAAGUCUACAACUUUAUAGAAGUGCAAUACAAAGCCUUUCUUGUCACUCAGUUCAUUCUGUAUUAUAAAAACAUACCAAGUAGGCAUCAAAAGUAAGUGUUAUAUUGUAUAGACCCUACUGUGAAAGGAGUGUUUGAUGUAGUAUGCUGAAUAUACUGUGAUGUAAUAUGCUGGAUAUACUGUGAUGUAAUAUGCUGGAUAUACUGUGAUAUAGUAUGAUGGAUAUACUGUGAUGUAAUAUGCUGGAUAUACUGUGAUGUAGUAUGAUGGAUAUACUGUGUGUAGAUUAUAUUUGACAGUUAAGGGUGAUGGAACCUCUCUUGAAAUAAAAUUCUGUCAAUAACAAGCGUUUCCACAUCUUUGAUCUAAUGCAGCACAGCACGCACGCACCCACCCACACACAGCUGAUAAAGACCAAGUAAGUAACAACAGUCAGUGUCACAUUUCCUUUGUAAACCACACUGCUGUUUUUAAGCAUUCGUGUGACAGUCAGCCUGUCAGUCAGUCGGGUAGCCUAAGGGUACCCCUCCUGCAGCUACGCUUGCAGGAUGAAGGCUCACUGGUGGAACUGUGUGUUGGGCUUACUCUGUAUGCCUGCUAACGUAAUGCUCAGCACCUGGACAGUUUCUCAAGAUCCCUCGUCCAUCUCUCUGAGAGUCAACUCAUCUGCUAAGAUCACAUGCUCCACAUCCUUGCCUGAGCCCAUGGGCUUGUCCUUGAAGAGGGCCUUUCAUGACAAAAGGGACAUUGUGUUCUUGUCCUUGAAGAACGGACUAGUGACCAAGUAUACUAUAGUUGAAGAAUUUGUAGGCCGCAUUAACGUAGCUCCAGACCAGCAGAUCCGGGCGGGCUAUGGGUUUACCCUGCAGCUGUCUCUGCUGGGGCAGGAGGACACAGACUUGUAUUACUGUAGCUGGAUAUACUUCAAAUCAGAGACGGCGAAUAUUGAAACCCUGCCCAGCAAUGGUACCAUUAUUAUUGUCAAAGAAAGAGAUCCACAGGAACAAUGCAGGGAUCACAUUUGGGAUCUCAUCUUGAUUGCCUUUAGUGUGACAGCACUGAUUGUCCUUUCGUUCCUCUUCGCUGGAGUGAUUGUGAGAUGCAAACGAUUUAAAAAGAACUUCAGACCGGCCAGAGCUGUAAAACCACCCAGAGUUAACCGGCCUCAGCAUGUCUGUGUCUGUCAACAAUGUCCCUACUUAGACACAUAUGUAAAUAAUCCUACUUUGGACUUCAGGGGCAUUCUGUAUUGCUAAGAAUCAAUGUGAUGAUAAUGAUAUGACAUGGCCAUUCUUUACAACAGUUGUUGUCUAAAUGGAUUAAUGAACUAUACGGUUAAUGUAUUGCACAGAGGGUUUGUAACAGAUGGUUAAGAUAUAUUUUGAGUCAGCAGCUUGCCUAAUGUGCUCAACCCAGGAAAGGUGUCUCACUUCUUGCUCAUUUCCUUUUUUAUACAAAUUUGUAUUUUGUUUGCAGAAAAGCGAUGAGCUACCACAUCCUGGCUGAUGUUGCGUGUACAGGUGCAAUGCGUGUGAAGAGUGUCAGUAAAGUGCAGAGCAAGCAUUAUUGUUCUUCUAAACAGUAUGUUGCAUUACAGGUGGGCUUAAACUGUUGAAUUUUGCAGGAUACUUAUUCUAUAUGUUUCUUUUGUGUGUCAUAAAUAGUUUGAACCUUUUGAACCAGUUUCUGUCUGAAUUUAUAUGUACAUUAAAGCUCAAUAUUUUUUCCA